AUGUCUGUGCCACCAUCCAGAGCACAGUCUGAGGUUUUCUCUGCAAGCCAAUAUGGUGGUAAAGUUAGAAGACCACGAUAUCUUAUUAAUUAUUUUGUUUUACCAACAUUUAUUGUUCAUGUUAUUGGUUUAGCAUGUUUAUGGACAUUAUGGUAUUAUUUAAGAUUUACAGAUGUUUUUCCAUAUCAUAAUAGAGUUUUUUAUUGUCAAGAUAUUCAUUUGAUGUUACCAAAUUUUAGACCUGAAGAUUUUAAUGUUUAUGUUUCUUAUGAACUAUUAUAUGUACUUGCUUUUUGUUUACCACCUUUAGUUAUAUUACUUGGAGAAGUUGCUUUUUGGUUAUUUUCAACUAAACCACGCAAAACUAUAUAUGCCAGUUUUGGUGAAUGUAAAGUUCACCUUUUUACUAGACGUCUUUUUAGAUUUAUUUCUGUCUUUCUUUUUGGGGCAUUAAUAACACAAAUUUUUGUAGAUUCAAUUAAACUACUCACAGGAUAUCAAAGACCAUACUUUUUGUCUUUAUGUAAUGUUAAUAUGGCUGCCUGUACAGCACCACUUCAAUAUUCACCAUCACCUUCUCCACAUUUAGCAUGUAACUAUAAAGGAGCUUCAGAACUUAGAUAUGCUUGGUUAUCAUUUCCAUCACUUCAUGCUGCUUUUAGUAGUUAUUCUGCUAUUUUUGCAUCUUGUUACAUUUAUUAUAUGAUAAAUCUUCGUGGUGCACCACUUCUUAGACCAUUUUUAAUAUUUGGUUUUCUUGGAUUAACACUUGUAGAUGCAUUUUCAAGAAUUAAUGGAUAUAAAAAUCAUUGGAGAGAUAUAUGGGUUGGAUGGCUUAUUGGAUUUGUAAUUGCAUUUUUCUUAUGUCAUUGUGUUUUAUGUUUUCAAGAAGUUUAUCAUUAUGUUGUUGAACGACCACCAGUUGCUGUUACUCAAGGUGAAGGAGGUGGAGUUGUUGCACCAGAAGAACGUGUUUCACCAUUUUUUUCAUGGUUUCGUCUACCUAGAGUUCAAGCACCUUCAGUUAAAGAAGAAUAUGUAGUUUAUGAAGAAGAUGUUCCACAUGUUUCAACAGCUCCAAAUGGAGCACCAUCAAGACAUAGAAAAGGUCAUGAUCGAACAUGUGAAAUAACUACUGUUACAGAAUCAUAUCAUAGAACAAUUAUACCUCCAGGACAACAACGAGAACGUGAGAGAGAACAUUCUCAAGCAAAUAUGUCUGCUUAUGGAGCAUAUUAA